GACGCCGCUCUUUCGACUCGCUCGACGGCGCGACCAGCUCGACGCAGUCAGUACACGCGUCCCAACGCCCGGGGAUGCGUCCGUCGACGGAGGUGUAGUUUCGCCGCGCGAGUCCUCGAACGUGCGGGUGCGGAAGCGUACCGUCGGAAAACGUGCAAAAUCCGCGAACGAAUCCAUUCUCGAGGAGAGAAAGAGUGCGCGGAAAAAGCGGAAAAAAAAGGGAUAUACGCGCGCGUAUGGCGCGCCGUGUCACACUCUUGCCAGUAUAAUGCUACACUUUCUUCGCGAGAAUGAGGGUGGCACGGCUAUUACUGUGCUGCGUACUUCUCGAAGACUACAGCACCAAUCUCGGCGGCACGGCAAUUACCAGUGACGCCAUGCGCCAGGACGGCUCCUCGUCCGCGACGAAUCCGACGCUAUCAGAUGUGCCAAGCUUCUCCGAGCCGAUCGGCAACGUGACCGCCGCUAUUGGCAAAGAAGUCGCCCUCUCCUGUAUCAUCAAGAAAGUGGGAAAUUACAAGGUGGGAUGGCUACGUGCUGAGGAUCAGACGAUACUGUCGAUGGGUGAUCGCAAGGUCAUCCAAUCGACCCGAUUCUUCGUCACCCUGGAGAACGCCAAGACGAAGAAUCAGACGCAGUCGCGGGAGGACGAGGAGGCCACUUGGCAGCUGCACAUUCGAGGGCUGAAGGAGGCCGAUCGUGGCUGCUACAUGUGCCAACUCAACACCAAGCCCAUGUUGAGCCAGCUGGGAUGCGUGGACGUCCUAGUGCCGCCCGAUAUUUUGAGUUCCGGCACCUCGGAUGGCGAGGUUUCCGUUCUCGAGGGUGAGAAUGCCACGUUGUCGUGCAAGGCGUCCGGACGGCCGCCGCCUCGCGUGUUCUGGCGACGUGAGAAAAGUGAUCACAUACUCGUGAGGGGUGUUCACGAUCCGUUGAUACAAAUGGACAACCUGUCUGGCGAGAAACUAGAAUUAACCAGGGUAGACAGGAGGCAAAUGGGGGCUUAUCUUUGCAUAGCGAGAAACGAAGUGCCUCCGGCGGUCAGCAAGAGGGUUAAUCUAAAAGUAAAUUUUCCUCCUAGUGUAAAAGCACCUAAUCAGUUGCUCAGUUCUCCUCUGGAUACAAACGUGUCGCUAAUCUGCUUAAUCGAGGCUUAUCCCAAGACGAUUAACUUGUGGAUGCGAAAGGAGCAAGUCAUCAUGAGCGGAAGCAGAUACGAAAUCGACGAGCGAGGGGACCCCGAUGAGGAAUGGAAGACGACGAUCGUGUUGAAGAUAAGACGCUUGGAGAAAACGGAUUUGGGUGAAUACACGUGCUCAGCCUCCUCAAGCAUGGGAAAAGCCGAGGCAACUCUCAGGGUGUACGAGAUCGAGCGCGUAACCAUGCCCAACCGCGUCACCUCGACCAACUGGAAGCGACCGAACCGAGGCAAGUCAAAGCCCGGGCAAGGGACGAUGGUCAAUCGAAUUUUUUAUCAGCAGGUGAGCACGCCGGCGAUGCAGAAGAGCACCGCGCGAUUGAUUCACAACAACAGAUACGCGACCACGUCGACCACCGCGGAUCCGCGCGCUCCCUUAAUCAAGGAGCAGGGUAACGCCUUCAAGCACAACAAUCGCAACGACCAGAAUCUCAAGGAUCGCAGCGACGCAUCUGCGAUCAUCGCCAGCAAGCGGGUCGUCCUGCCGCUCUGUCUCGUAUUGUUCUCGACAGUGCGAUAAGAAGUG